AAAAUACUGUUUGAAAGCCAAAUAGUUGCUGUUCCCCUCUGCAAACAGUCGCAUCUUGUCGCUUGUCUGCCACGGCCAGAUCACGGGCGACUUUGGAAGUUUGUUCAACAUUAGAAUAUAUAAACAUCAAUAUAAUAAAGCUCUCUCUCGCCCGCGCAAAGUGUUCCCCGGCGGGUGUUCUGGUUAACGCGAUUAGCACCGGGAUUUCUGGCAAGUCCGAGUGCCCAGCCAGCUUUUGCAGCAUCCGAAAACGUGUCCAGCUUUUCGUUCCGGGCGACGAUCGGUGAGCGUUGUUUUGUUGUGAUGUUGUAAAACUAAGGUGCGAUCGCGGUGCACGAUCACGCGGUGCACGUGUGUUGUGUUUAUGCUGAGCUGAGUCGGGAAAGUGGAGUCCUUUGGGCGUAAUUUCGGUUCAUAACGAUCGCCAUCGAUCGAGUGAUCUGGAGUGGUGUGAUCUGUACAGUUUUGGAAGUGAAAAGUGGACCUUCGAAAGGAUUAUUCUGGCCAAAGUGAUAAGUAAAAAGUGUGAAGAAGGAAGCAAAUGGAGUAGUUUCAUUAACAAGAUCGAAAAGAGAAAUUGUGACGCAAAUAAAAGAAAGAAUAUUGAAGUUGUGAAAGACUAAGCGUUAAGAGAUCUCAAAAAUAAACUCAAGCAGUGGUUCUUCUGAAAGUGUGCAUCCUGACCGAAAUCGCGCUAUUGAGAUUAUGUGGCCUCAAGUGAAAGUUCUCGUCGAUGCAUUUUGCCGAUAGAAAACGGAGAUGUUGUGAGUCAGUGUGAGGGCGAUAAGAGUGAACACGGAUCAUGAUUCAUGCGUCGUACGUCGGGUGCGACUUCGUGGUGCGUGAGCUGAAGCGCCAUUAGGUGAUAAGAGUUGAGCGUUGUGUGGUCUGGUGGUGAAUCUCCCAUACCUAGAUAUCUAUCGCAAAAGGAUAACGCUAUCAGUCUAUCUGUGCGCGAGUCUGUGUGUGUGUGUGUGUGUUUUUGUGGUGAGUGUGUGUGGUGCCGACGGUGAGAAACACAGAUAAAGAUGCAAAAGCUUUAUCCGGAAAGCUCGAUCAACACGAGCAGCAGUAUGGCGGUGGGUGGUGGUGGAGGUGCCGGGGCUGGCGGAAACAUGAGCCCGAUGGCCACCACGUACAGCAGCAUGAACAGUAUGGGUAUGGCGGUGGGCGGUAUGACGUCCGUUUCCCCGCAGGGCGGUGGGUUUGGGACGACGGUCCUCGGAAGUCCGGGGAUGGGUGGGAUGGGUGCGGCCAUGAACAGCAUGUCCGGCAACUGUCUCACCUCGACACCGAUCGGCUACAGCUCGAUGGGAUCACCGAUCAGCAAUAUGGGGUCGUGCAUGGGGGGCAACGGGAUGAGCACAAUGGCGGCCAUGUCCGGGUACUCGAGUGUGGCCGGCAGCCGAGAAGUACUGGGCGAUCCUAGCUCACCGAAUUCGGUGGCACUGCAGAGGGCACGAACGGAGAAACCGGCGGCCACGUACCGGCGGAACUACACGCACGCGAAACCACCCUACUCGUACAUCUCGCUGAUUACCAUGGCGAUUCAGAACAACCCGCACAAAAUGCUGACGCUGGCCGAGAUCUAUCAGUUCAUCAUGGAUCUGUUUCCGUUCUAUCGGCAAAAUCAGCAACGGUGGCAGAACUCGAUCCGACACUCGCUCAGCUUCAACGACUGCUUUGUGAAGGUUCCGCGGACGCCGGACAAACCGGGCAAGGGUUCGUUCUGGACGCUCCACCCGGACUCGGGCAAUAUGUUCGAGAACGGGUGCUAUCUGCGGCGGCAGAAGCGCUUCAAGGACGAGAAGAAGGAGGUGUUGCGAUCGUUGCACAAGAGUCCAGCGCACGGCGGCAGUCUGGAUGCGGUCGGCAGCCCGGACAAGAAGGACCCGAACGAGGAGCACCAUCACCAUCAUCAUCACCACAGCCACAGCCACCACAGCCACCGGACGGAGCAUGUGUCGAAGCUGAGUGCGGCCGACACGCACGGCAUGCUGAACAGUGCGCACGGUAAAGACGCGGACGCGCUGGCAAUGCUGCACGCGACGGCCGACUUAUGCUUAGCCCAACAAUCUCAUUCACAGCAUGGUGGUUCGCACCACCCUACGCACCACCACCACCACCACCCGGCGCAUCAGCAGCUGCAGCAGGAGGAAUUGACGGCUAUGGUCAAUCGUUGCCACCCUUCGCUGCUUGGUGAAUACCACUCGAUGCACCUGAAGCAGGAACCGGCCGGCUACACGCCCUCUAGUCACCCGUUCUCGAUCACGCGCCUGCUGCCGACCGAGUCGAAGGCCGACAUCAAGAUGUACGAGAUGAGCCAGUACGCAGGGUACAACGGGCUGAGUCCUCUGCCGAACUCGCAUGCGGCGGCGGCCGCCCUCGGGCAGGACUCGUACUAUCACCAGAGCCUCGGUUACCACCAUGCGUCCACGGGCACGACCAGCUUGUGACAUCAGUAUCCGCUGGCAUAAGUGCGGUUGAAGGGCUACUACCACUUUGCGGACGCAUCGACCGCGUCCCAACAGCAGCAGCACGACCAGCAGCAGCAUCACCAGCAACAACAGCAGCAGCAGUACCAGCAGCAGCAGCAACAGAACCUUCCACAACACCACCAGGAGAUGUCCGAGCUCGAUCAGCAAUGGUUGGAGCUUGCGCAGCUCGGCAGCUCCGGCAACUACGCGCGCCACGCCGGCGGAAGCUAUCUGCAGACCAAUCGUUACGUGUACCAACGCCACCAGCACCAUGCGCUCGAACCAGAUCCGAAAGACGGGCCUGCUGGCAGCCCCGAGCUGGACGAGGACGAGUACGAGGACCAGCGGAGCAGAGGGUUAGCUGCGGCCUGCAACAGCAGUGCAUCGUCAUCGAGCAGCAACUCCGAUACGUCACCGCAUAACAUUUCGUUUUGAGGACAGGUUGAAGCAAUCCGAGUGCGGUGACAACCCGGCUGAUUGAGGACUAGGAGGUGAGGACCUCUCGAACACGAUGGGCGAUCGCCGAUGCCGAACCCCACCAUAAAAAAACGGUUCCGUCCGAACGGAAGCCUAAACGGUUGGACGACUUUUGGAGUGUCGAUUUUUUUGUUCGGCUGCUCUCCGAAGUCUGACUGAACAGACGACCUUCACUCGGGGAGCUGGGGGUUGUUUUGUUGUUGUUGUUGUCUCUCGAGAUGAUCCCUUACGUGCAGCCACAUCACUCUCGAUCGCCACAAGAUCGUUUUCAAAAUUUCUGAAUGAACAUCCGAGCAUCCAUCCAUCCCCGAAUAUGGUUUAUUUAUCUUUGUUCGUUUGCUGUUUUUUUUUCGGCUGUGGCACUCGAUGCCCAACAACGAGUCUGCCCCGCCACUAGUUGGGUGGUUCUAUUUCGGCAAGCAAUUUGUUUGUCUAGAUGCUUGUCUCGUCGGACACGUGAUUAGCCGGGACUCCGUUCCAAUCCACCGGAACGCUAAUAAAUCUGACCAGCAGCCCGUCAGGCGAGGCUACACAACCUUUCGCCUGUAUGUCCCCAGAAAUCGAUUUUCGAGUGCUUUCAGUGUCCAGCUAACCAAACGCACUUCUUACGUCUUGCGGGGUUUUGGGGAGUCGGAGUGCGUGCUUGAGCCGGAAUUUCGUUCACCCACGGGUUUACUGUUGACGCUGUAAUGGUAAUUGUCGUUAACCUCAACCUCUGGUUAAAGGCACCCGUGGCAUCCAUCGUCCAGCAAGGGAUUGUACGUUUUGGAUGAGUUUCGGGUGGUUUUUUUGUGUGUUUUGUCUCUCGUUUUAGUCCUCCUCUGUCCAUCGUCUUACGCUUUGGAGGGAUUUUACGCGGUAGCGGCACUCGAGAUGUGAAGUCUUCGAGUGGUAGUAGUCGAAUGGACACGCACGCCGAACGCCGAACUGAUGACCUCAAUCGGUCGAUCGAUGCCAGCGAGCAGGUUGCACGUUGGAUGGGUUUUGGGUUGUAAGAUGUCGUGGAGCAUUUUUCACGGGACACACGUCUGAACGAAGAAGGUGUAGAAUACGGGCCGGGAACACGCGUCCAACUUGUUUCGGAUUCUUGAACUAACCAGUUUUUUUUCAGUCUCCCGGGACAGGAGAAGACUGUGAGAGACUAGAUUGACAGUAGCAGUCCAUGUGAGAGCAUUUUUCGACUAUCAUUUUUAUCUCCCAUUCACACACACAUAGACAUAGACUCAGACACAGAAUACAUGGCGGGAGGGAGAUGAUUUUUUGCUGCCCUUGAGAGUGACAGCUUGUGUCAAUAGUUGGGACGAUGCGAUGCUGAGCGACUGGUCCGAAAAGAAGUUCAAUUUAAACUUCCACCCAGAUUGGAGCUGCUGAUGGGCUUUUGAUUUACUUUGCCAAAGUCUAGUGUGUGUGUGUGUGUGGUGGUUGCGGGGGAAAGUUUGGGGGCCGAUUUUAAUGGAUUCAAUUCCGAAAUUGAAAAUUAAUCAUAGAUGAUGCCCUCGUGUGUUUGCUGAUGGGUAGCCCUGAAGUAGCUAAGUCGUCUUGGGGGUCUUGUACAUUUUUGAUGAGUUUUGGACCGUUUCUUCGGCCGGAUAUUGCCACCGAAGAUAGCAUGUGUAGAAACUGAACACCGAUUGCCAUAAAACUGCAUCUCUUGCCCAUCACAACCACCAGCACCAGUCAGGUGUGAAUUCCCAACGUGUCCAGCAAGAGCGUCUCGUUUUGGGACAAAUAUCGAAUCUUGCUGGUUAGCUGCUGUAUGCUAACGAGACACAUUACGAAAACUGGUACCGGUGUGCUGUGCGAUGAACUUUCUUGUGGUGUCUUCAGAUGUACGUGCGUGUGUGUGUGGUUAUUGUGUGCCCCAGUGAAAAUUAUUCCGGGGGGGCUCCAGGUCUUACGGGUGUGAUCGUGCGAGAAGUCCAGUCGUGUUCGAAGUCUUCGAAGUCAGAAACAAAAAACAAAGAAUGGGAGAUGAACUCGCGUCGGUGGAUGAUUCUCGGUACCACGAAAAGGUUUCAUUCAGUAAAAAGGGCCAGCUAGUGCUAGGAAAGGCAAUGGAACAGAAACAAAUUGAACAUUCGAACUCGAAAACAGAAAACAAAACACAACACAACACACAUUCCUCUCCAUCUUCUUCUGCGUUGCAAACGUCACGCACACGGAGACGACAGUUUAGGCCAGCAGACGAAAGUUGGCGUGACACAGGCAGACGGUUAUCUUUAAAAAAGCAAACAAAACGUAAUGUGCAAUUAAUCUCUUCGCUAUGCAGAAAGACGUAAGAAAAAACAAGUAAUGAACACACAGUUGAAACAAAAAAAAACUAUUGCAAAAUCGAAUAUAUUGUUUUUUAGUUCAAUUUUUAUAUGCAAACUUUCUUUUUAAGCUUAUUCUUUUCGUAUCAAUCGUGGAACAAUAGUAGAUACGUUUGUAAUUAUUUUUGUGUAAAUUUUUAUUUUUAUCGCUUUUCUUUCUCAACCUCAUUAUGUCUAUCUCAUUUUGUUUUAUGUUUUUAAAUUGUAAAAUAACUUUCUACAAUCGAUCCCUAGCUAAAACAUAGAAGAAGAAAAACACAAUAGCAAACAAGCAUUAAACCAAGACAUCUUUUUCUAAUCAAACAAACACAGCGAAGCGAAAAAAGAGAAGAAAAGAAAACAUGAAAAACAGGAAUCAACUUUGUACGUUUUAAGCAAUUUAACGAAUCUUUGUACAUAUUUAUGAUAUUUUUCUCAUGUCGAGCUAAACGAGGUGAUACCGUGAUGUUGUAGAAGCAGGGCAGCCGAAAUCAAACACAAGUACACGGGAUCUCGUGCAGACCGUACCAUUCCAUUCCGUACCCGUGCGAAUUGUAGAUUUAACAAAGAGAGGAAUAAACAAAAUGGAGCAAAAACACACUAUGCUAAUAUAACGUAAAGUUCGCUAUAAGAAGAAAGAAGGCAAAACGGGGAGGACGAGCAACAAGGGUGGCAAAGGUUCACGUCCAUCAAAACGCAUCCAACGCAAAACAAACCCAUGCAAUUCCUGGUGCGAUACGAUUAGCUAUUAGACGGAAAGGGGAUAGUGAGUAGUAGUAAAGAGAUAUGUAUAAGGUACACACAUACACGAUACGGCCAGAAUCCUUUUUUGUUUCAAAACUUCGGCAAGCAAAAGGGCCAAAAGGGCAUUUGUUAAUAGCUUUUAGUUGUAGGGAAUACCUUUUACGAUCGAUUAAGUAUUUUUCACCGUGGCCCAAGAUCGGCUGGAAGGGCAAAAAGGGAAAAGUGGUGAAAAACGUAGUACGAAAGACGAAACAAAAAACAAAAAUGCCAGAAGGAAUAGUGGAAGGAAGGAAACUGCAACCAAGCUUCUAAAAAUUGAUUGGAUGGAUCUGGUUUUCACUCCCUCCUCACCCCCCCCCCACCCCCCCUUAACCCUCUCAAAUCCUCACCCCCUAAAAUCUUGGUCGAGUACGUUUUCCAUCCAGAUUUGAGAGGAAGCAAAGCCACCUUUACAGAAUUAGCAAACGAAUUGUAAAAACUAAAUUUAGAGUAAAACCAACAUACACGUUAAGGUUUGGUCUUAAGUAUGCGCGGGAGAAGAGAGAGGGGAAGGAGGAAGAAAAUGAGGGGUGGGGGACCGGCAAUACGGCCAGCAACAAUUCGAGUAAACUGUGAACCUUAGUGGCAUUUUUAUUUCCUUUAAAAGAAUCGAUAAAAAAACAGACGGCAAGAGAGAGAGAGAGAGCGAGAGAAGAAAAUCGAAAGUAAAAAAAAAA